AAAAGUUGAAGCCCAAGAAUUGUUUGUCUGAGAGGCUUUUUACACCCAUUAUAAAUAAAGAGCAAAAUAUUAAAGAAGGAUCUCGUUCAGUAAGGAAAAGAUUAUUACUUCAGGAUCAUCAUUUAGAAAUACAGCAGCACGUACCUCCACCUAAAGUUCCUAAACGAGAUGAAUUUCAGGAUAAUUCUCAGCUUAAUGAAUCAUUUUCUGAAUUGUCAUCAAGUGAAACAAAUAAAGUAUUUUUUGACAAUCAGAAGAUUAAAGGAAAGUCAGAAAAGAAUCAAAUAUUUCAAGAGAAAACUGAAAAUAAAAAUGAAAGCUCUUCUGAAAAUGAGAAAAAGCUAACAUUGGAGGAAAUGCGCAUACACCUAUCAAAAUUUAAUAAAUUAGCAGAUGUUCAAAAAUGUCUUCUUGCCAAUUAUUCACCAAAGAAAUUACACAAUAAAACUGAUCAAUUAUGUAACGAAACAAGUAUUGCAGAUAAAAUUCCAGUGAUAAAAUGUCCAGAAAAAAAAGAUAUUGCUACAAGAGCUGAAAAAUUAAAAUUAUUAAAAGAAGCUGCAUCCAGAAUAAGCACUAAGUCAACUGAAUUGAAAAAAAUACAAAAGAAAUUGAACCAAAAUGAUGAAUUAAGUAACAAAGUACCUGCUUAUCAGAAAUACCAUAAUUUGGCAGCUGUUUCAACUACAUCACUGUUAUUGCCUUACAAAUAUAAAGUUCUUGUAGAAAUUUUUCAUUGCACUGACAUGGUUAUUAGUCUUUUACAUAAUAGACAAGAAACUUGUACAUUUUCAAAACUUAAAAAUUCAGUGCAAGAAAUGACCAAAAAAAAUUUCACCAUUUCACAUUUAGGACAAUUAAAAACAGUUUUUCCAAAUGCCUAUAUUUUUCAGCAAGAGAAAGAUAAGAAUUCUAUUAACAGUGAGCUUUCACAUAAUAGUAAUUAUCAGUUAACAAUAUCACCAAAUUUUCAUUAUAAAUCGGACCAGAAUUUAAUUAAUGAAGAUUCAUUACCUGAAACAAACAAUAAAAGUCUGGAGUCAUUUAAAGUAAUGAAUGCAACAUGUUUAUUAGAAAGGAGACAGAUUUUUAAUAACAAAAUUUUGCAGUUUGUUAAAGACCACCAUAAGAAAUUUUUACUGAAUUUAAAUCCUCCAAUCUUAAUAUCAAGUGAUGAGAUUUUACGAUGGCAUCCUUCAUUCCCAGUGGAUCAAGUACCUGAUAUUGCAAUUGCUUCUCUACCAGAACCACCAGAUGUGAAAAAAUAUUCAACAGCACAAGAUGUUUUUAAAUUGCUUAAAGACAAAGUUACUAUUCGAGUGGAAAAUGCUUUACAGAGUGUAAUAGAAAAUCACAAAGAAUCUGAAUCUGUUACUAAACCUAAAGAUACAAUGCAAAAAGGAUUACUUAAAGGAGUUUCUCAAGCUUUAAUUGAAAAGAUUAGAGCUAGAGAAGCAGCUCGAAUGCAGAAAUUAAUAACUCGCAGACCAGAAGAAGAAAAACGAGUAGAAAUGAUAACUCGGUUACCAGAAAUGGUAAACAUUCUUAGAAAUUAUUUUAUAACUGAACGUAAGGCAGCUAUAUUAGUAGAAGAAGCUUCAAAGAAACUUUCUGAGAGUUAUCAUUGCCCAAUUUCUUUAGAUGACACAGAAAAACAUUUGCAGUUAAUGGCUGAUUUACUACCUGAAUGGAUGUCUAUAAUAACAAUUCGUAAAGGUUCUUAUAUAAAAAUUGAUAAAAAUAAAAAUGUCAAUGUUGUUAUAGAAAAAAUUAAUAAUAUGAUUAAAAAAGACAAUUUUUAAAAUAAAUAUAGAUAUUCUUGAAUAUUUUUACUUUGUA